AUGAGUUCACAUAACUUUCAAACCUUGUUGUUCUUUUGUCUUGUUAGUUUCAUUGUUUCUCUUUCUCAUGCACUCAACAAUGGUUUUAGUGUUGAACUCAUCCACCGUGAUUCCGAAAAAUCACCAUUCUUUCAACCUAAUCAAAACAAAUACCAAAGCAUUAUCAACGCCGCACGUCGUUCAAUCAAUCGUGUCAAUCAUUUCUCAAACAAUGCAGCAAAAGAUACACCACGAUCAACCAUACUCCCCGAUGGCGGUGGAUAUCUCAUGACCUAUUCAGUCGGAACUCCACCAUUUAAGCUAGUCGGUAUAGCUGAUACCGGCAGUGACAUUGCUUGGCUUCAGUGCCAGCCUUGUGAAACAUGUUUCAACCAAACCACUCCUAUUUUUAACCCAACAAAAUCAUCUACUUACAAAAACAUUCCUUGUUCCUCCGACGUAUGUCAAUCUGUGAGAGGUUCCGAAUGCGACGCCGAAAACAAUUGUGAAUAUGCUAUUAAUUAUGGUGAUGGAUCACACUCAGACGGAGAUCUUAGUGUUGAUACUCUUACAUUGGAAUCCACAACCGGUGCUUCCGUUUCAUUUCCUAAAACCGUGAUAGGAUGUGGAACGGACAACACUGUUUCAUUUAAAGGCCGAAGCUCCGGUAUAGUUGGCCUCGGCGGUGGACCGGUGUCUUUCAUAACACAACUAGGAUCCAAAAUCGGUGGUAAAUUCUCUUAUUGUUUACCACCAUCAUCGCUCACUUCAGAUUCUUCAAAUGUUACCAGCAAACUCAAUUUCGGAGAUGCUGCAAUUGUUUCUGGAACUGGCGUUGUUUCAACUCCUAUUAUUACUAAGACCUCUCAGGAGGUUUUCUACUUUCUGACAUUAGAAUCAUUUACUGUCGGAUCCAAAAGAGUCCAAUUCACAUCAUCAUCAUCAUCCUCAACUGAUGCUGUUGGUGAGGGAAACAUUAUCAUUGAUUCCGGUACAACAUUGACGCUUCUACCGCCCGACAUUUAUGCUGAUAUUGAAUCAGAAGUCGCGAAACUAGUCAAACUCGAGCGUGUUGACGAUCCUAAUAAUUUAUUUAGCCUUUGUUAUACUCUCACUUCCCAAGAACCUGAAUUUCCUCUAAUCACUGCGCACUUCCAAGGUGCGGAUGUUUUGUUGCGACCUAUUAGUACUUUUGUUCAAAUUUCUGAGGACAUUGCUUGUUUUGCGUUUCAAUCCGCUAAUAAAGAUCUUGCCAUCUUUGGAAAUUUGGCGCAACAAAAUUUGUUGGUUGGAUAUGAUCUUCAAGCAAAGAAGGUGUCCUUUAAGCCUACUGAUUGUUCUAAAGAGUAA